AUGUGUUGCCCGUACGAAGGAGUCUACUGCGAAUCGGAGCGCUCGGGUCACCUUCUCGACAUGACAGGUCUUGGUGAUCCACGAAUAACUGAUCCUAUUAUUCGAUUGAAUCUCAAGCUACGCCACACCGAUGUGCUUAUUUUAAGCCAAUUCUUGCGUCCUGACGGAACGGUUUUACCUCGCGAAGUUUCCGGUUUGACUAGGGGCUCACAGUUUUAUGUUGAAAUGCUCAUCGAACGCGCUCGGAAUGCAGGUCUCCUUCCAAUAUCAAUUGACGCCAAUGGGAAGCACACGUACAAGGAACGAGGACCACAUGUUAAGAACGUUUACUAUGACACCGACAUAAUCGGCCUGCCAAAGUUCUCCAAAAUUACCCCCACUUACAAACCCCCUGCGUAA